AUGACAGAAAUCGGUGUCCUGCAACCCGACACAGAUUCCGGGUCUUGGGAUGUUGACGCAGUGCUCUAUCGUUUUAAGGUGAUAAGAACACCAAUUACAUACACGUGCGCAAUCAUGGCAAAGCGAAAAAGCUUGAUUUUUGGAUUUGUUUUCCUUGCCGCGCUAUCGCUUCAAGCAGAAGCAUACAAAAGAAAUCCUCUGAAAGAUCCUCGCAUAUGCGGAAGGCCCGCGUGUGCUACUACCAACACAAAGUUCCGGUACAAUGUGGGCAGCUUGUACAAGUUCGAUUACUCGAUGUACGUGAAGACAGCCUUGGUGGGUAGCGGCGACAACAGCUCCGAGCUACAUAUAUCAUCCGUGGCGGAGGUAGAUUUUUAUGCGCCAUGUCAGGCCCUGUUGAAGCUGUACUCGAUCGAGGUACGCGAACGGGCUGCUGUCCAACCGGCAGAUGAUACGUCCGGUUUCGACUAUGCCGAUGAUUACAAUGCCCCCGACCUAAGCGAUACCAAUGAGGUGCAUCCGAAGAGUGAAGUGAUCGCGGAGGAGUUGAUGCGCUUUGAUCUGCGGUUUGCCUUCCACGAUGGUACGAUCGGUGAGAUAUGCCACGAGGAGAGUGAACCGGUGUGGACGCUGAAUCUGAAGCGAGGUGUCCUGUCGGCGCUGCAAAAUACGAUGCCACGGUUCGAUAUCGACUUCGAAACAACGGAAACCGACGUAUCGGGCAUUUGCGACGUUAAGUACACGAUGUCCGACCGGAAUGGGACUAGCUUGGUGUUUCGUAAAACGAAGAACAUCGUGACGUGCAAGCGAAGGUACAAGACCACAUCGCUUAUUCAAACCGUGCCGUACGAUUUCCGACCGAAUUACGUUGCCUGGCCAAUUUUGAACUCUACCAGCUAUUGUGAUAUUGUCGUUGAUAGUUCGAUUUACAAAAGCGUCGCUUGCUACGAGCGCCACCAGCUGGUUCCAUUCUCCAACGGUCUGGCAGGAGCGGUAACCGAAACCUACGCCAAGCUGGAGCUUGCCGACGAAGAAACGUACGGUCAAGAUGGCCAGCACAAGGAGGAGAUCGACAUUCAGCGACGUUCGGCAUUGCUGUACGAUCACACACCAUCAGCCCGGGACAGUCACGACGAAAUUAAGGCGUCACGUGAAUUGCUGAAGCAGUUGUGUGCGCUUGGAUUUCCUAAUAUUAAGCGUGACUUUCCGGACGUAUUUCUUACCUUCCUGAGCGCGGCCCGUACGCUUUCCAUGAACGCCCUGUAUCAACUGCUCACGCGUUCGGGCAGCAUUUGUGAUAACGGGCGUAACCACAUCCUUGAGAGCUUACCGUACAUCAGAACGGCAGCCUCGGUGACACUCAUGAAGGAUCAAAUCGUGAAGGGCCAAGUGACGGCCGCACUGGCUAGCAAAUGGAUGGAAUCGAUCGCCUAUCUGACGCGCCCGAACGAAGAAGUACUGGAGGCAAUGCUGGAGCUGAUCGAGCACGGUAAAGCCACCGGCGAUCAAACGUACGUCCUGUCGGCCACCACGGUUGUGAACACAUUCUGCAAAAUAAAUCCCGACUGUGCGGAGGACGAGGGUGUUCAGUCGAUCGUACAAUUCCUAGAGUCGGAAUUGCUUGAAGCCACCCAACGCGCGGAUGUUCUCGAACAAGAUCGCCAAAAGCGUGAUUCGGUGAUCGUCCUGCUGAUGUCACUGAGCAACAUAGGCGUGGUGAACAAACGCUUUAACUACGAUCUGCGGAACAUCAUCGAAAGCGACCGAUAUCCGGUCGAGGUGCGUGUCGAGGCGGUGAACGUGUUCCGGCGUAGCGAUUGUCUUCGCACGAAGGAUUACUUCUUGAAGCUGUACUCGACGUUCCAGCUAGACGUGGAGGUGCGUAUGGCUGCCUACCUUCAGGCCAUGCGCUGCCCGGACUAUCUGUCCGUGAAGCUCAUCAAGCACGUGCUGAAGAACGAAGAAGUAAGCCAGGUCGGUUCGUUCGUGUGGUCUCACCUGACGAAUCUCGCCAAGAGCGCAUCACCAGUACGCGUCGAGGCACAGGGUCUCCUCGCGGAGAACGACCUCGGCAAAAAGUUCUGGCUGGAUGUGCGCAAGUUCUCGCGCAACUACGAACAAACGCUCUUCUUUGACAAGUACAACUUUGGCGCGACGGUGGACAGUAACGUGAUCUUCGCCACCGACUCGUAUCUGCCGCGAUCCGUGCGGUUGAACCUGACAGCGGACCUGUUCGGGGAGUCGGUCAACUUUCUCGAGCUGAACGUACGCCUCGAGGGGCUCGAAGACUCGGUGCAGCACUUGUUCGGCCCGAAUGGCACGUACAGCGCAAAGAUGGUGAACGAGCAGGUGAUGAAGUACCUGAAACUGCUGCGCCAGUACGUCCCAGCGCGCGUCCUCGAUUUGUUCGAGGACGAUCCGGUGUGGAACGACGAUCUCGAUGCUGGUGACGAUGUUCGCCAGAAGCGGGACACUGCGCGAGCGCUGCCUGCCGUCAUCGCACGUGAAAUGCAGAACGAGGUCGAGCUGCUCGGUUACCAGCUGAAGAGCAACUUCGGAAAACCCCGGCUAACGGUUAGGGUGAAGAUUUUUGGCAACGAAAUGAUGUACUUCCCGGAUGGGGUGGACCUGUUCAAACAGCACGCCCAGUGGAAGAUGCUUUCGCGGUUGUUCUCCGGCAAGGAGAUGUCGUACACCAAGUCGGCCGUAUUUCUGGAUGCCUCGUACGAUGUUCCUUUGAGCUCUGGGUUACCGUUGGCGCUCGGUAUGGUCGGUGCGUCGUCAGUGGAUCUGCGAAUGACGGGCAAGACGAACGAAAUCCCUCGCGCUAUGGGCGACAUCGAGGGCAAAGUAAAGCCCAGUGUGACGGUGGACAUUACGGCGACGAUGAAAAGCGAUCUCAUGCAUGCCAGCACGGCGAUCAAGGUGAAGACGAACCUGUACUCGAGCUCCGCCUGGGCCGCACACCUGAAAUGGCGCGGUAAGGAUGCUGCGUCCUUGCAGCUCAGUCUGCCACAGGACCGGAACGACAUCUUUAGCAUCCGGUCGGAGAUGUUCGUGCAGAUUGAUGGGCGAGAGCAUCGGCAGGGUGGUAUCGAGCGGCGGUAUUCUAAUUCCACCUGCACGUGGCCGGUUAUUGAUCAGGCGAUUGGGUUGAAAAUGUGCGCCAACUUUAGCCUCCCGGAUGUGAGCAGCAGCCGGGACAUCGAGGUUCCAAGCCUCAUCCUUAGCGGACCGGUUAACUUCGAUCUAAGCCUAGAGAAGGCGGACCUGACGGCUAAGGUGUUUGUGUUGCGGUACAACUGGGACGAACGGUUGAAUCAAACGAUCGGGACAGUCCUGUUCGAGACGCCCAAUUCGCACGUUCCUCGCAUAUUCAGCGCCAAUGUAACGCUCGAGGCACAGCGUAAAACAGCCACCAUGUCGUUCGUGAACGGGAACAUCUCGCAUAAGGCGAUCGGCAUUUACAUUAACAAUCCGAAUCAGCACCGGUUGGAGACGUCGCUAAAUGUGAACGAUCGCAAAUAUCUGGCCCUCGAGAUAGGCUACAAUAAGACGAGUGCUCGGAAUGGGCGCAUGUACUAUCCAUCGUUUUUCCUGUCGGUUAACAACGAUCGCAUUGCUGGAAUGGGCGGUCAUGUUAGGCAAACGGAGAAGAACAAUAUCACGCAGUGGGACUAUAUGGUGGUGUUUGAAACGAAGCGGCUCCGCGCGAAGGCGAUCGGAUACGUUUCGAUCUCUCACAACGCGACGUACAUGAUUCAUAACUCCAUGGAGUACCGGUUUGCAAUGAGUAAAAUGGAAUAUUUGGUGAUCAACGCGAUGGCAGAAGCGAUCAGAAAGGACAUCUCGACGUACAACGUUAACUUUGAUCUGCGUUCGAGCGCGUAUCCACACUUCGAUGUUGCCCUGAACACAACCUUCCUAGAGGGAACUGGCCGUUACGAUUUCACGUUGCUGCACAACAACGCCGCAGAUUUACGCAAUGAGUCGUACCAAACUACGGUCAAGGUGAUAUUUGCUCAUGAUAAUCCUUACCGGAGCAUGAUGUACCUAGCGCCAUCUAGCGGGCAGCUUGAAAACCCAACGGAACGGACAAGUGUAUCCUUCGAGGUGACGAGACCCCGAUCAAAGAUUGAUCUAAAGGCUAUGCUCAUCCACGAAAGUAUGCUGAAGAAGGGUAUGGACCACAGCGUACGGUUGCUGGCCCGGUAUGCUCCUCAGAGGGAAAUCACCGGGCUGGUGGCAUUCUUCAUUCCACGAACGAAACUGUUUUGGUUCGAUGGUGCCUUCAAUCUGACUGUGCCUGGGUUUAACCCGUGCACCGCCAACAUCAAGAUCAAGGAAAAUGCACAAAAAGAGCACAGCUUCGAUUUCAGGGGCGUUUGGUUUUCGGCUCACGCACUCAACGUCAGCGGUUGGUACAAGGAUCGUAGCUCGAUCGUCAAGAGCUACCAUCACGCGAAGCUAGUAGCACAAACUGGACCAUCAGGCAUCGAGGUUCUUGGGGAUUUGAAGUACAUCCGUGAUGAGUACAGCAACCGUUUGAAUGUACUCGCUCAGUACGACAAAAAACCGUACGGCAUCAUUCUCCAUCACAAGCAGGAGACGGAGAAUGGCACCAGCAGCUACGCGGAACUCCGAUGGGAUGAUGGGUUGUACUGGUUUUCGGCGCUCAUGAAAUCGGCACCAAUCAAACAGCUAGACCUAGAGCUACACAUCGAUAAGGUUCGCGACGUCAGCGUGUCUCUGCGGGGUUAUUCCACGGCCCUGAAACGAGAGGUAGGCGUGGAACUAAAGUGGGAUGCCAACCGGGAUCCAACACAGCGGGUUGUUUUAUCCGGGGAGCUAAACACCCCGAUAGAUCGGACAUACGAUGGGUUGUUCCUCGUGUCCUACCCAAACCGUACCUUUAGCGGGACGUUCGAUUUGAAGAUGAUUGAUCCGAGGUACUUGGCUAAUGCGCGCAUUUCGUGGAACACAACCGAGGCGAUCGAGAUGCACCUGGACGCUGGUACGGAUGAGGAAAUUCUGCGCAACAUGUGGCUCCUGUUCCAGCUGGAUACGCCCUUCACCGGGUGGCGUCGUAACGCCUUGAAGGGUGGUUUUUACUUCAAGAACAACAUGCUUCGCACGAACGUUUCGGCGCAUUGGGCUGAAGAUCAGAAUCUCGGCCUAGAGCUGAUGGGAUACUACAUGUCUAAUGAAACAGACUUCAACUGUGAGCUGGAGACGAAACUGCACAGCUCUAUUCAGCACGUACCCACCGCGAUGUUGCACUUGAAGCAUAAGUACGACCUGAAGCGAAUCGAAACGAUUUGUACCGUCAACCAUACGGUGACGAACGAAACCCCGCAGGCGUUCUCCGUGCGAUCGAACUGGCAGUACGACGUGGACAAACAUCACCGGAACGUGUCAGGUUUGCUGAAGUUUAACAGUCCGUUCGAGGGCUACAAAACGGGUGCUCUCGUGGCGAAGGUGUCUCUGAGCGAAAGCCGUGCCAUAACCGGUGCGGCUGAUUUAGAAUUAGAAGUCGACAAGUACGAGAUGGUGCUGGAGGGUCACGUGCGUAACCUGGUCGACUGCAUGCUGACGGCUAACGUUACCUCAUCGAACGAGAACUACCGCAACAUCAACGGACGGUUUGGGGUGAGCGAGAAAGAUCGUCACCUGGUGGCGGAAGUGAUCACACCGAAGAGCGCGCUUGGUGUGGAGCUACUGUACGCCGUCGUAUCGACGCAAAACUUUGACGUAAAGUUCCACCUUGCGACGCCACUGAAGGAUCUGGAGAAGGUGAUCAUGAGAGGAAAACUGCAGCCGGACAACAUUGACUUCCGCGUCGGUAUGAACAACAUGGUGCUGGGUUGUACGGGAGUGUGGAGAAAAGUGCACCUGAAGGACUUUGAGUACUCGUACCGGCUCUACACGCCGCUCCAGAAGUUUGAAGAAAGCGCACUGAUCAUGAAGGUCGUGAUCAACAGCGAGCGACCGGAGUACGUGGACGUAGAACUGUCGGGCAAGUUUUCAGAGUACAAGCUGGGUUUGAAGGCGGUUUCGAAACCAAAGGCACAGCUCAUACGGCAGCUGCUACCGCAGACGGCUUCCUCGAUGGUGGAGGAAGAAGCGUGGAACAUGGACGAUUCCGACGAUGAGGAGGAAGAGGAAGAAGACGAGGAAGAUGAGCAGAACUUGCUGAACUUCAUCGGUGACUUCGAGCUGUACACGAUCGUACUACCAACGAUCGCGGGUACACUCGAGCUGACGGAAUACAAGUCGAACUAUCGCGCGAUCGGUAAGGUGAAGCUACCCCAGGGUGACAUCGAUAUUCGCAAUCGCUUCUAUCUGAUGGACAUGUUGAACAUGAAGAACAGCUUGGGGCUCAAGACGCCCUUCCCGGUGGCGCAGGAGAUUACGUCCGAUUUCGUCCUUAAGUUUGCCAAUCUGGCCGCGGGCGUAACGGUGGGAAUGAACGUGAAGUUUAACAAUCGAUCGGAGUGGGUCAACACCGGUUUCAAUGUGAACUACAGACACUACGUGGAUGAAGCCGAGGUGCACAAGCAUCAGGCCUUGGUGGAUCUCAUGACACCGAUCAAGAACCUGCAGAAGGUGUUCUUGAACGGAUCGCUGGAUUUAGACGAUCACAGCUACAAAGGUAACUUGACUGCGAAAACCAUGACAACAGAUGCAUCGCUGGCGCUUUCGUUUGAGAGUGAAGAUCAAUUUAUCGAUACGUACAUGGGUGUUUGGGUUCGAGCGCCCCUUAUGCCAUAUUAUGCGUGUCGUGUGUUCUACAAGCAGGACUUUUCGAAUAUUGAAAACUCUAUGGAUUUGGGCUUCCUCGUGAACGACGGUGAUUCGUACAGCAACUUCCGAAUGGAUGGUAGCUGGACGUUCGCAAAACCUCACUUCAUUAAUGGAGUAGGAAAAUACCAAUCAAACUUCCUGCCGAUCAACCUGAUCAACACCGACUUCCUGAUCACUCGAACGCCGUUUCCCAAAGCCUACUGGAACGUCAAAUUCCAGGAUCAAUCGGGAGCAGUGGAGGAGAUCAGAGCCAGAGCCGAGCGAAACCGUGAAAUGUUCAGCAUCGAUCUGAGCGUCCCGAUGGCGGACUACAGGAACCUAUCCAUUCACGGCCGGUUGCAGCAACGGCGAGGCAGUCAGUACAUCGUGUCCGGCCAGCUGUUCCGCAACGAGCACAUUUUCCAGCUGGAAGGUGAAGCAACGAUUAUCGAAGACAUCCCGUACCGUGCGGAUCUAGCCUUCCAACCGCUUGGGCUCGAGGGAUCGGCUGGUUCGAUAAGCUAUCGUUGCGAACAGCAGUCUACGGGGACGGAGUUCAACUUGCAGCUGGAAAGCGGAAGCAAAACCGCAAAGGUUGAUGGAAGUUUCAAGCUCGCAGCGAUGUCGGAUUGGUUCGUCAAGCUGGGAGUGGAAUCGUCGGAACCGAGCCUCAAGGAUGUUGAUUUUAACAUCGGAAUAAAUCCGGAGACGGACGGAAAAGCGCUGGGUAAGUUUAACCUGCGCUCUCCGUGGGUGCAGUAUGGCAUCGACCAAGCCGACGUCGAGAUGGUGUUCGAUGUUCAGCCCAUCUCGGGCUCGGUAGUGGCGAAGUACGCCAUUAGAGACGUAUCCGGUAACGCUAGCUGCUUGUGGAACUGGGCGCUGCAAUCGAACAUGCGCUUUGCAUUGGAGAACCGCGUGCUAAGGAAUUCGGUGGAACGCUUCUUCCGCACCGGUGUUCGAUACGUGAAUCCGGAUGUGGAAAACAAUCACAACCUCACGUUUGGUGGGGAUUUGAAUUUGAACAACAUUUGGAUAUUCAGCGCCAAUGCUUCGGUGGACAUCAUCUCCAUCCGCGAUCUGUCAGCAAUGAUGAAAGUGCAGCUACCAAAGCCAGUAGGUGACGUGCAUACGCUGGCGCUGGCCAUGAACGGUAACCUGCCCUUCGUGGAACCGGUAAAGACGUUCAAUCUGGAAACGUCGUAUGAAACGGACGAAAGCCGCAAACGGUACGCGUACCAUUCCGAGUACAGUUUCAUCGGUGAUCUUAGAGCGUUGGUGCGGUGCGAGUGGGGUCCUGACGUACGUAAGCAAAGGAUUCAAUCGAACCUGGCCAUGUUCCGCAUCGGCGAUCGUCGCGAGGUGACGGCUGGUUUGCGCGGACCUUGGUAUUUGGAGGAUGCCUUUUUGGCGCACGGAUCGUACGAUUUCGUCGAUUCACUGUACCUCGUGAGCGGAAACAUAUCGAUACCGGCAUCAACGAAAGUGGCCAGCGCCAACGUGUUGUUCAACAAUCUGUCCAACAUGAAGGGAGAUGUGAACUGUUCAACUCCGUUCCUGAACGUGUCCUGGAUUCAUGGUCAGCUGGCGUUUACCGAAACGCCCCUGGAAUCGAUACGAUAUCUGAAGGGUACCUGGCCGGAAUCGAGUGCCGUGUUCGAUGCGAAGGCCACCUAUCGCAACCAAAAUCAAGCCCGUGAGCAACACGGUACGGUUAAAAUCGAGGUGCCACUGCAAACCAGACACUACGCCGAGGUGAAAUAUGGACUCGUGCAACGGCCUGCCAUCACAAUCGGUCACGCGGAGGUUGAUUAUAACAGCGAGAAGGUCCUCAAUGGGCAGUACACGUCGAAGGAGGAAUCUAGGGACGAUUUCGAAAAGGAAACCAUAGACGUAACGUUAGAAAACAAAUUCAUGCCCGUGGGAGUACACUACGUGCACUCUUUAGACAAGGCUGACACAAAUGAGCGUCAAUCUUUGGACAUCAAACGUGCCGAGGUGUUCCAGUUGAGAAACCAGAAGAAUUUCAACAUCACCGGUGAGCUGCAUGUCAUCAACAAAAAGCUGGGCCAGGAAUAUCUCCUCAAAGCAAUCCACCCCAACCGAACCGUUGUGCUGACGGCCGAUUUCGAGCAGGAUAAUAACGUCCGCAAAAAGAAGUCCAAACUGCUGCUCUCGCCGACCGUUUGGAUCGCUUAUGAUUUUCAUCUAAGCAACUUUUCGCGUGAGGAUGUGGCGUCGCAAAACUUUACGCUUAAAAUUUCCUACCCUAAGCGGAACAUUUCCGCCGACGGGUGGUACUCGUACACGGAGCAUGCGUUCGAUUCGGACAUCACGCUGUCGUACAGCCCGAACAGAACGAACACGGAGGAUGAUGAUGAGCUGCCAAAGGAGCGGACAAUCCGUGGGGCGGUUGUAUGGCGUGAUCUGGCCAACAGCACCACCAGUGGGCAGCGAGUACAGCUUGCUCUCGGUCAUCCCAGUUUCCAGAAGGAUGUCACCAUGGAUGCGCAGUAUUUCACCGAUCCAAAGCAUUGGUUUAACUCGAAGCUAGAGCUGCGGUAUACCGACGAUGACGAACAUCUCAUGGGGAUGGGUUUUAAUUUGAACGAUCUGCGGCCACUCGUUGGGUACUGGAACUACUCGUAUCAUCUGUUCAGCAUCCACGAGGCAUCCGAGCUGGAUCUGGUUUCGAUUGGAUCGGUUGGAAUGAAGCAAGGAUUGUAUGGCGUCAGCUCGAAUUCGCAUUAUAAACGCGCGUACCUGUCGCAGAUGCACGGCCACGUGUUGGGUUCGCUGAAUAUUCCACAGAAGGAACUGCACUAUGAGCGCAUCACGUCUCAAAGUAAGUAUCGCUUGUGGACGAAAGCAGCGGGAGCAUAUCCGAUGUAUUUGAUCAACGGAACGCUGCUGGAUGGUACGGAUGUGGACGCCGUCGGAUUUUUCUACCUAAACAUCGACGACAAACUGGUGCACAUGAAGGUGAACAUCACCCCGGACGGGUCAGAGAACGUGUACAUGUACGGUGUCAUUCCGGAUUCGCGCAGUGCCUACUUUGACUUUUGGCGGGACUAUGACAACGCGCGCGAGGUUGACGUGACGUACUACAUGAAAAUGAACCACUCUCGGUUGAUAACUGGGCGCAUGCUGUGGCGCCCGCAGAUUAAAUCCGACCUGCAGGAAUGGGUGAAGGACUAUUUCAACCGCAUGCACCAGUCGUUCCUGGAGUAUACGGAGUUUUGGAUCAAGCACGUUUACCUGGAGACAAAGGACACGGCGAUGGGUAUCUACGAGUCCGCUCAGCCUUACGUGGAAGGGCUGCUGGAGGACGUUUCAGGAUUAAGCGUGCUGCAGAAUGAUUUGGCUGAUCUGCACAACUUCUUGAACGGGUCGUAUGUGGCUGAUGAUUUUUACAUCCGCUCAGCCAUCAACUUCACGAUUACGGUGCUGGAUGAGCUGGCGAUACGGAAUAAGAUAACAUCUCUGCCGAAGAUUCUCACCGAACUGUGGCAAGUGAUGGGUGAAUCAGGACAAGCGCUCGGUAAGUCGAUUGCUUGGCUACUGGAGCGCGUUAAGCAGUCGUACCAGAAGUUCAUCGACAUCAUUGGACGGAUUUUCCAAGGCGAUUCUAUGCGCUAUCUCUCUUCAACGUUGGAAGAAUCCCUUGAACGGUACGAUAAGUUCGUAAAGGAUAUCCACUUACAGUUUAUCAAGAACAUUCAAGACAUGUGGGAAAAAUGCACAUCCAUGGCAUCAACGUUCUGGCACCGGAUGCUGCAAAAUAUUGAACCGACGAUAAUCAGGCUGGCUCAUUAUGGCGAAUCGCUGGGAUGGUUUGUCGGAAAUGAAAUAUUCACAUUCCUGUACAACAAAACGCAAGAGAUCGCGGAUUCACCGUACUUCAACACGGUCACCAACUUCACGCAGGACCUGGACAUGCUGUACAAAGACGUCGUAACGAAUGACGUGUUUACCAACGUUAGAAAGUACUCCGCCGUGUCUUACCGGUUCUUACGCGAAAAGUACUUCCAAAUCGUACCGUUCGGGCGCGAGUUCCAUCAGGUGGUGAUGGAGCUGACUGAAGAGAUCAAGGGUCUGCAAAAGAUCGAGUAUGUGCAGUUCUUCAUCCAACGGUACCACGAGGUUCGUGGCAAGAUUGAGUGGGUUGCGGAAGAGUUCCAGGUCGAGCGAAGGUUACACGAAAUGUGGGCAAUCAUCCGCCACAAACUCUCGCACAUAGCACAAACGGCACUGCAGGCGGAAAAUCAUUACCGGCAGGCGAAGACCAAAUUUAUCUUCGACCCAGAGCACGGUGUGAUGGAGCUAGAGCAGAAGCUGCCCAUGUCAUGGCACGCGUUCAACGAGACGCCCAAAUUUGAGGAGAUACCCGAGAUUAAGUUCAUCAGCGACAUUCAGGAUAUGUUUUCCGGCAGUAACACGACGAUCUGGACGCUGUACAACGACAUCUGCCCGUACUCGAAUCCGCAGAUGUGGUUACCACCGUUCAAAAGCAUCGGAUUGCUUAUCGGAUCGAGACACUACAUGUCCUUUGAUAAACGCUUCGUAUCGAUGGAUUUGCGUGCGAGUGAAACGAACCGGUGUCGCUAUCUUUUGGCGCAUGAUUAUCACAACCGAACCUUUACGCUGCUGCUCGAGCCAUCGGUGCUGGCGAACGGUCGCAGCUCGAGGAAAAUAACGCUAAUAACGGAUGACCACACGCUGUCAAUCGAUGUUUUCGAUAUUUCGGUGAAAAUCAACGACAAAGACGCCACAGCCCUGCCGGCCAUGAUCGGUACCGAGACGGUGGCCUACCGUGAAUCGGAUCUUCUGUACAUCGCCUCGCAGCGCGGAUUCAUGCUCGCUUGCAGUCUCCGGUAUCACCUUUGCUGGCUGGAGCUGCACGGCUGGUACUUCGGCAAGAUAGCGGGUCUACUCGGAACGAUGAACAACGAACCGUUCGAUGACCACAUUACCGCCACCAACCUCUACAGUGCAUCGGACGAAGAGUUUCUCAACAGCUGGGCACUGCCCGGUUGCGAAACGCCAGUCACGACGACGAACCAUACCAGUAACUUCUACAGCGCCUCGAACGAGCUGAGCCAACUGUGCGAUUCCUUCUUCCGUCACAAGCUGUCGUACUUCGCGUCCUGUUUCGCGGUGGUCGACGUAACGCCGUUCUAUGAAAUGUGCUUGGAUUUGGGUCACAAUCUGCAGAAGGAAUCGGACGCAAUUCCAACGGAUCGGGGAGCAUGUACGGCUGCGUUGGCAUACAUUGAGGCGUGUGCGAUCGAGGGUACGCUUCUACGUGUCCCGAACAACUGCAUAAGUUGCUCAAUGAUGAACGGAAGUCACGUGCCGGAGGGAAGUUUCGUGCCGCUCCGUGAUGAGGAUGUCCCGAAAGCGGCCGAUAUUGUGUUCAUUAUCGAGGCUAAGCCUUGCAACGAGCAGUUUGUUCAGACGAAGAGCAUUAGCCUGCUGGUGGAAAGCAUCAACCGGGAGCUGCAGGAUCUGGGCAUACAUGACACCCGGUACGGUGUGAUCGCGUUCGGUGGCGCUGUACCUUUCGAUCGAGCACACAGUGUGGUGGUGGGUAACAACGUGUUUGAGACCCACAACCGUUUGCUACCGUUCUUCGAACACAUCUCAGUCGGAAAUGGCACCAACGAGGACAUCUUCGAUGCGAUCACGCUAGCUUCGAAGCUGGUGUUCCGCCCAGGUGCAUCGAAAACGUUCAUCAUGCUGCCGUGCUCACGUUGCACCACGUCUCGUAUGCGGCUGGACUUUUCGUCGAUCGUACAACUGCUCGUCGAGAACGACAUCAAGCUACACAUUCUGGCCGAUCACGAGCUUUCGUUCCAGAAAUCCCGCGUUUCCCGGCUGUUCUACGGCAUGGACAACCGUGCGGCAUACACGAAAAAGGACGUGAAAGAGCUGGUUGGUGAUGAAGAUCUGCGCCGGCAGAUCCGUCUACCGAAGGCAACGUUGGGCGAAUGCAUAGCGCUGGCACUCGAGACGGAUGGAUCCGUUUUCGGUGGACACAAACUGCGCCAGGAUCGUGCUAACACGAACAACACGAAGAAGUUCAUUAAGGUGUUUGCGAAGCGUAUCGCCUGGACGGCCAUCCCGAACAGUUGCCAAACGUGCGAGUGCACCGGUCACAACACCGGCGUGGCGUACAUGCAGUGUAUUCCGUGCAAUUAUCCUUCGCCCUUCACGAUCGACGAUAGCGACAUGACGGACGAGAUGUUCCUGUCCGUGAUGCAACCCGACAGCGACUGGGCGUUUGAAGAUACUGACGAACUUUGAUGCGAGUCUAAUAGAGGCAACUAGCAGGAUGCAUUACGCAUUUAAACCUAAAACCAUGUUUAUCGUUCGCCGGAACAGCUUGGUUAAAAUGCUGAAAAUUAGGUUAUAAGAUUUGUGUAAGUAAAGCGCUCAGCUUGUUGCUUAAAAAAUGUAGUUACGUUGUUGAUUUUUUACCCUUGUUGGAUAAAAAAGAAUACAAUCCAUACUGUAAGUUUGAUUACAUGCGAGCAAAUAAA